AUGGAGCACCGUCGUCCUAUGGCUGCCUUUCUGCUAUUCUUUCUUGUGUCUAUGCUGCUUCACUUUCAAUUGGGAGUCUCCCUCUCCUCAAACACAAACCCUAAUGAAGAUGUUAGAUACAUGAAGUUUGUACAUGAUGCUAGUGAGUUACCUAAAAAAGAAGAAUAUGACUAUAUCAUAAUUGGAGGAGGAACAGCAGGGUGUCCGUUAGCUGCAACCUUAUCAUCAAAUUUCUCAGUUCUCCUUCUUGAAAGAGGCAGUGAACCCACGAAAUAUCCUACUGUAUUGAGUGAACAAACUUUCACGAACGUCUUCACUAUUGAAGAUGAUGGCAAAAAUCCUUUCCAACGAUUUGUCUCUGAGGAUGGCGUGGAGAAUUUAAGAGGACGAGUCCUUGGUGGUACUAGUAUGCUCAAUGGUGGCUUCUAUUCAAGGGGACAUCGAGAGUUUUUUGAAACUGCAGGGGUUAACUGGGACAUGAAAUUGGUGGAAAAGGCUUAUGAAUGGGUUGAAGAGAGUGUGGUGUUUCAAGCAAGUUUGAAUAAUGGUUGGCAGUAUGCUUUUAGAAAGGGAUUGUUGGAGGCUGGAGUUGGCCCUGAUAAUGGAUUUGAUUUGAGGCAUUCUGUGGGGACUAAAAUUGGAGGCUCCAUCUUCGAUAAGGAAGGAAACAGACAUGGAGCUGUGGAGCUUCUAAAUAAGGCUGAACCCAACAAUCUUAAAGUUGCAAUCCAAGCCACAGUACAGAAAAUCCUCUUUUCUGGUUUAUCUGCCAGUGGGGUUUCUUAUUCAGAUUCAAAAGGAAAGUUACAUAGAGCAUUCGUUCGCAAGAAAGGUGAGAUAAUUCUAAGCGCUGGAGCCAUUGGAAGCCCUCAACUUCUCCUUCUAAGUGGGGUUGGCCCAAAAUCUCAUCUUUCAUCCUUGAAAGUACCUGUUGUACUUAACCAACACCAUGUCGGACAAUUCAUGUCGGACAAUCCUCGUUACACAGUCAAUAUUCUGCUUCCAUUUCCAUUAGUUACCACAGCUGUAAAAGUGGUUGGAACUUUAGAAAACAAUAUCCAUCUACAAUCAAUCACAAGUUAUUUACCAUUUUCAGUGCCGCUGUCAUUUAGCCUUAUUCCUCAUGGAUUUGAUUCCGUCAAUUUAAGCCUAGCCACCAUCGCUGGAAAAUUCUCUGAGGUUCUUUCUGAUGGUUACUUACAUUUGACUUCUACUGAUGUAAAGAAAAGUCCCACUGUUAGAUUCAAUUACUAUUCUCACCCUGAUGAUCUUGCUAAAUGUGUUAGAGGAGUAAGAAAAAUUGGAGAUUUUCUUAAAACCCAAACAAUUGAAAAUAUUAAGAUCCAAGAUUUUGAGGGUAGAAAAGGAUUCGAGUUUUUGGGACCUCGGUUGCCCCAAAAUUUGUCGGAUGUUAGUUCGGUUGAAGAGUAUUGUAAGAAAACAGUGACAACUUAUUGGCAUUAUCAUGGAGGAUGUUUGGUCGGAAAAGUUGUCGACGGAAAUUACAGAGUCAUCGGAAUUAAAAAUUUGCGUGUAGUUGACGGCUCCACCUUCUCCGAGUCACCUGGAACCAAUCCUAUGGCCACUCUCUUGAUGCUUGGCCGAUAUGUUGGGCUUAAUAUACUGCGAGAAAGAUCAAGUUAA